AUGAGUCGUCUGGAAUUGAGUGGAGUACUGAGCGCAGUGAACGCGUUCGCUAUACACGAUAAUGGUCAUUUUGCUUACCUGUUCGAUCCACGUGUAAAUGCUACAAUCAGAAUUGAUAUCAGGAAUGGUACACGAGAUGUUCUGAGAUGGUUAGUUAUCUCUAUUUAUGACGACGAAUGUGAAAAAAUUCCAACUCCACGACUGGCUGUAAAAUUGGCAUGA